AGCAACCACUGCGCUAGCAGACGACAGAGAGCUGAUUAAAUGUGUUCAUGUUCGGCGAAAAAUGAGAACUAACUUUUGUUAUACUGUUGUGCUUGGUCAGUUAUUGUUUGUUUCAUUUACACAACAACAGGAUAGCAGAGAUAAGGAAGAAAUAAAACCCCAAAUAGUUGAAGGCUGGGCGGGAAGGCUCGCAGGGGAGCUUUGGAACCUUGGUGACUAUGUUACAAGAAGAGAUGAUGUUAGAAAGAGCUUUAAAGACGCCAAAGUGGAGUCCCGAGAAGGGUCUAGGAUUGUCAGUGAGCUAGUGAGGGAAAUGGAAAAUAUGAUGAGUCAUAAAGUGGAAGCAGUUAAGCGUAUAGUGGACACAGCAGAAAAUGCAGCAGUAGAUUCCAACCCCGAUGAGCCAGUGCCCAACUCAUACGAGUAUUACAGUGCCAAAUUGCUACGUCCGCCCGGACAACUCAACCUGAGCGGAGACGACCCCAAGGGCACGCGAGAACUUCUGCUUACUCCUGACACACAUUUCUAUGACUUUCCUGUCAACACUAACGUCAGCUCAGUUCAUGUGCCAACCAACGUUUACGAUAGAGCUCAAGAAGUAAUUUAUGCUAUCAAAUGGUCAGAACGUUUGGAGUUAACGUUCAAGGACAACUAUAAGAGAGAUCCCAGUUUAUCGUGGCAAUAUUUUGGCAGCUCAACCGGCUUCAUGCGUCAAUUCCCAGCCACGGGUUGGUCGGUGGACCCAGUGGACUUAUACGAUUGUCGCACAAGAGCUUGGUACAUUGAGGCAGCUACGAGCCCAAAGGACGUGCUGAUCCUGGUGGACAACUCAGGCUCGAUGAUGGGUCAGCGGAAAGAGAUUGCGAGACACGUGGUGAACAGUAUUCUGGAUACACUAGGCAACAACGACUUUGUCAACAUCAUGUCCUUCGUCAACGACACAAAGGAAGUGGUGGAGUGCUAUAAGGACAUGCUCGUACAGGCAAACUUAGAGAACAUCCGAGAACUUAAAAUGGGUAUGAGAGAGAUGGGGAAUGCUCAAUACAUUGCAAACUUCAGCACAGCACUUACUACUGCCUUUGAUAUUCUGCAACAAUAUCGUGAGAACCGCAUGGGCGCUGCUUGUAACCAAGCCAUCAUGCUGAUCACGGACGGUGUGCCUUAUAAUUACAAGGAGAUCUUUGAGUUGUACAACUGGAGGAAUCUGCCGUACAUGCCUGUGCGAGUGUUCACCUACCUGUUGGGCAAGGAGGUGGCUGACGUACGGGAGGUGAAGUGGAUGGCCUGUGCCAACAGAGGCUACUAUGUACAUCUCAGCACUCUAGCCGAGGUGAGAGAGCAAGUACUACAGUAUGUACCUGUGAUGGCUCGACCCAUGGUGCUACAUAGAGACAUCCAUCCUGUCAUAUGGACAUCAGUCUACGCUGACAUCACUGAUCCAUCAAUGACUGAUUACCUUUGGGAACAAGAAGAAUGCAAGGAACAAAAGCAAAGGUCCAUGAAUUUCAGGAAAGAUCGCCAAAGAUUUAUGGAGCCUGAUGAACAAGAAAGACGCAACAUCAAAAAGCUGAGGAGGAUCCAAGAUCAAGCACCAGGAGAUACAAAAAAGUACAGGUUUAUGACAUCCGUAUCAAUGCCUGUGUUUGACAGGAGGGAAACCGCGAAUGUUAAAAUUGGCAGAGAUUGCAGUGAACACGACCCAACCUGUCCUAAGCCUACACAGAUGAAGGUAGCCUAUUUGUUAGGAGUAGCUGGUACGGACAUUCCAAUUGAAGAAAUCAACUCAUUGCUCGCUCCUCACUGGCUGGGGGUCAAUGCUUAUGCAUUCAUUGUGACCAAUAAUGGUUACAUUCUGGUGCAUCCAGACUGGCGACCAGUGUUUCAAGGGAUCUUAAAACCCAACUACAAUGCUAUUGACAUGACCGAUGUUGAACUGAUGGACGAUGGUCGAGAUCCUUUGGAUUUCAACGAAAAAUUGUUAGAGUUCCGCAGAAAGCUAGUUAGGGGAAACACCACUGGCUCAAUAUCUCUCCCCAUGAAACAGCAUUUGGAUGGAUUGAGACGAGUGAUGAGAGGUAUGCGGUACUAUUACUAUAAGCCUAUCCAGGAGAGGCCAGGCAAAUAUCCGCUAACUCUGGUCGUCAGUCUACCAGAACAUUACGGUAGAUACCAGGUGGACGGUAUAGUGGAGACUCAUCUACUCAAGCAGAGCAAAGGAAAGCUGAACUUUUUUGAAGGGAAGAAUUGGAAAGUCCAUCCUGACUGGUUUUACUGCAGAUACCGGAUGGAUACGGAGGAAACUCCAACAUUUAACAGCCCAGAGGAGGAAGUCGAGCAUUUUUUUGCAAAAACACAAUCAGCCGGGUGGAAUUGGCCCCCGCGGUAUCCCCCAGAACCUUUCCUAUCUAAUGCAAGUGUGCCAACAAAAAGUGAUAAGCCUGGGACUAAGAUCAAACCGUAUUUUUGUGACCGAACCCUUUUCCUUUCCUUGGUGUUUGACGCCAAAGUUACAGCUUGGUUCAACAAAAACGUGAGUGCUGCCUCAGCCGAAGACAAGGGGCCCAUUGCAAAGCUGAUGGUUUUGCUAUCAAGAAAGGAGUUCAAGCAGCGUUUUGGGCUAACUUUGGUUUUUCUGGCGACCCGGAGUGGACUCACCCGAUGGCAGGAUUUCCCGGAUGUUCCUGGAAAAGACGAUCAACCUUCCGGACCGCACUUUAAAGACACCCAUGUUCGUGCGAUUGAUGAGGUCUGGUACAGACGAGCAGUGGAGCAAAACUAUGAUGAUCCUGACAGAUUCAUCUACACUGUCCCCUUCAACAGUGGUAUUUUAGGCUCGGAAAACCUGAUCAAGAAUGAAAUACUGGUGACAGCAGCCAACGCCAUCUUUGCUGAGAACGGAGAUAAAAGGGCACCAGCGGCCGUGGUCGGGUUUCAGUUCCAACAUUCCGCACUUCACAACCUCUUUAUGAACAUCACACGUAGUUGUCCGACAAGUAUGGGAGACUGCCGACACUCCCAAACCUGUGCGAGCGACAGUUUUGAGUGUUUCGUCCUCGACAGCAACGCCUACGUGAUACUGUCGGAAAACAAAGAACACACUGGCUACUUCUUUGGAGAGAUCCACCCAUUCGUCAUGGAACAGCUAGUUGCCGAGAAUGUUUACCGUAGAGUCCACAUCUACGAUUAUCAAGGUGUCUGCUUUGCCACUCAACCCGAGAAAAGUGAUUCUGUUGGUUUGAAAAAUCCCCUGCACUAUAUCAGCUGGUUGGGUAACUGGAUUGUGGCGAAUGUGGUCUGGUUUCUGUUUGAGUUUAACUUCCAGUGGAUCGGAACUCUGGGAUUUUCUUUCCCCCCAGAGGUUUCUGAUGAGGAGUACAUCACAGAAGGAGAGGAGGAAGAGGGAGAUGACGUAGAACCUACAAUGUCCAUGCCUUCAGGCGAGAGCAACAUUAAGGAUGUUUUUGGCAAGGUAAUGAUCAACCGUACCCGGCCGGCACCUUGCACCAUGGAGGUAGACCUGUACCAGCUGGUUUCCGAGAGAGAGAGAGCCAAGUCAGAGAGGGAGAGAGAAAGAGGGAGAGCAUCUAGAGGUCAACCUAAGGAGAGGGACGUCUGUAGCCCUCCGUUUGUUGUUCAGAGUAUCCCGUCCAGUGAUCUGAUGUUGUUGGUGGUCAACGCCAACUGUCCAACUCAUUCUUCUGUGUUCUCUAUGAACGUGAUUCCCAGCGAGGUCAAUUACAACGGCACAACACUCAACUGCCAGAAGAUCAAGUUCAAACACAACAUGGACCGUCGGCGGCCACCGUCCUGCAUCAAGGAACAUGAGAAGGAGGAAGACAUCAAGCUUUGCGGACGAGGUGGGAGAUUGACUUCCAACAACUCAUUGGAAUGGUUGUGCCUAAUAGUUCUCUAUUUAAUAACUCUAGCGCUUAAAUCAAGUUAAUACCAAGCUAAUUCCUAUGUUUCAAACAUGACUGUGAUAUAAAAUUUUACCGCAUUCCAGCAUUUCGAUUAGUGCAAUUGUGAAGCAUUCCGGGCUGUCGGAUUGCUAAUAUUGAACAUGUAAGUAUUGAAUUUAUCAAUAUUGUACAAAGGGAUUUUUGUUUCCUACUUUACGUUUUCCAACUGAUUUUAAUGUAGGGAAACCCAGGUUAAAAGGAAAUUCCCCUACAAUAUAUUAAGGAGAACCCUCAAAAGGUAUUUAAACCACUCUCAAACUUUAUAAGUAAUAUGUUUAGUUUAGGUUAAGUUUCUUUAUGAUUUUCCUAUAACUUAAUCACAACACAAUUACAUAAUAGUUGAUUCUCCAACUAAUGAUAAAAAGUUGGUAGCAGCCAGUCAAACUGUUUUCUAUCCUACAGUAAAACUUGAAUAGUGGAUCCUUGUACUAGAUUGGUUAUACAAUCAAACUGUUCAAAAUAGCUCUCCAUCAAAAGGUUCUAAACACAGCUAAUUUUUUACUCUUUAGGUGUUAGAGUUUUAAUACUAGUCCUCAUGUAUUUUUUUAUAUAUUACAUGUGAGUGCAAAAAACUUAAAAUAUCCUAUUUUGUCUUUUAUAAUCUCUUGAAUUUUAUUAUUUUGUUCAUUCUGAGAAAAGAAAAUUGACAAUUAUAUAUUCCCUAACAACCUGACAGCCCUUUAAAUUUUAAAAUUAAUUUUGUAAGCCCUUACCACUCUCAUAUUAAGGGUCUAUGCCCUAGGUUUAAUUUAUUAUGCAGGUCAUUAAUCCUACCAGUAUUUUAACUUCCACACUAAUAGUAAAAAAUAAAUAGUAAAAUUUCAAAAAACAAUUUUAAUUUUUUUAUUCAUUUUUUUAAGCCGACAUGUGAUACGAUUGGGAAACGGCAGAUGUCGGCUCGCGGCGAGAUGAGAGUGGUAAGGGUUUAGAAGCAAUCGAUUAAAAUGUGUAACUUGCUCCUACACAAAUUUAGUUCAUAAACUUUUAAUAAUUAAUCUCUUGUUAUCGUUUAGAUGUUAGUUAUUUUGUAGGAUCUCCAAAUGGCAUUGAUUGUCAAAAUGUUGGGUUUCAUCUUAAAUAAUAAGUUUUAGAGUAAGAUAAUGAUUGAAAUUCCUGUACAUAAUUCAUGAUAUAAAUAGACAAUGAAUUGAGGCUAACUUAGUUAAUUUCAUAGUGCAAAACUUGUACGUUUCUCAAGGAUGUUUGGUUUUUAAGAACAUGAAUACUCUGAAGUGUUUUUAUAUUAUAAAUAUAUAAUCAUAUCCUCUUAUGGAUGCCAUGUUAGUAUAAAGUCAUCUUUCCAAUACUCUGUCCUAGUUUCAUAUUUGUUAAGAAGUAUUUUAUUUUCUAUUACUGUGGAUUAUGUUGUAUCAUUUUUUCAGCUUAUACUAAAACUAUUUUAUUGAUAAACCUUUUUAUUUUGUGAUGUGCCUAUAAAAUAUAUUUAAAAUCUUUCAAGAUUUGUAUGAUACAUUCCAAUCAUAAUGUAAGUGUGAAUUAUGUUAUCUAUGAUGCUGAACGUUUGUUACCAUUAUUGUUAUUUUAUUCAUUUUACAUGAACUUGUUGUUAUCACUUUUUAAUCAAAUUGUACAGUUUAUACUAUACACUAAAAAUAUCCAGUAAGCUGUUUCCUUAAGAUUUAAAAAUAUCUUUCUACCACAACUUGGGUGCUUUAUGAAUAAAAUUUGUAACUUUUAACUCUUAAAAUGGCAGUGUUAUUGUUUGUGUGUGUUUGUUUAUAUUUUACUAAUGUUAUCGUGUUGGUUUACCUGUGAUUUUAAGCUAGCUGAUUUUAAAAUGUUCACUUGUAUAUUAUUGUUACCUCAAGACUGCCACUCCUACGAUCACAAAGCUUUGUAAAUUAUUUGCUUUGUAUUAUACACGUUCUGUACAUUUUUAUGUUCAUAAAUAAAAUAUAUUGGUUGUGCCUUUUGCCAUUA